AAACCCAAGCUCUGGGUUUUCUCAAACGACGAAGAAGCAAGUGAUGAUUGUUGUCGUCGACGACAAGGAGCAUAGUGCCUACGCGCUAGAGUGGACUCUUGAUACCUUUGCAAACCCAGGCUCUGGGUUUUCUCAAACGACGGAGAAGAAAGUGAUGAUCGUCGCCGUCGACAACAACCAGCACAACGCCUACGCGCAGAAGUGGACAGUCGAUCACUUCUUCAUAUCUCUAAGUGAUAGUGCCUUGUUUAAGUUCGUCAUUGUUCAUGCCAAACCUUCUGUUACUAUUGUCGUCGGCCUUCUUCUUCUUCUCUCAAACCCAGAUCUGGGUUUUUCUCAAACGGAAGCUGCGGUUUCAUUUUUGCGCAUUGGGGGGACACUUGAUACCUCUGCAAACCCAAGGUUUGGGUUUUCUCAAACGACAGAGAAGCAAGUGAUGAUUGUCGCCGUCGAUGACAACCAGCACAGCGCCUACGCACUGGAGUGGACACUCGAUCACUUCUCCGUUCCUCGAGGUGAUAGUGCCUUGUUUAAGCUCGUCAUUGUUCACGCCAAACCUUCUGCUACUACUACUGUCGGCCUUCUUCUUCUCUCAAACCCAGAUCUGGGUUUUUCUCAAACGAAAGCCCGAUUCUUCGACUUCAAUUUGGUCCCGCAGAAUUGGGGCACAGAUAUCCGCAAAACAGAGCGAAGAUGGAGUAAUCUCCACUGUCCUCUUCAAGUCCUGCACGGUGAUUUGAAGAUUCUAGUGGCUCCUUCCAAGCAAUUGAAGAAGACAAAGAGAACAUCGAAGAAAUUAAAGAAACCCAAGAGCAUAAGCGUAGUUCCUUCAGAACCCAGAACCAUUGAAUUGGACUGGUGGGAUAGUUUCUGGCACAAGAACUCUACAACCCCAGGACUUUCGAUUCCCUCGAAUGAGGAAGAAGGUUUCAAGUAUUUCUUCAGGGUUUCCAAGAAGACUUUCAGUUACAUUUGUUCCCUAGUUAGAGAAGACCUAAUUUCAAGGCCACCAUCAGGGCUUAUCAACAUUGAGGGAAGGAAGCAGGUUGUCAUAGCCCUUAGAAGCUUAGCAUCUGGUGACUCUCAAGUCUCGGUUGGAGCUGCAUUUGGGGUUGGCCAAUCCACAGUUUCUCAGGUGACUUGGAGAUUCAUUGAAGCAUUGGAAGAAUGUUCCAAGCAUCAUCCCAAGUGGCCGGAUUCCAAUAGAAUGGAGGAAAUUAAAUCCAAAUUUGAAGAAUUGUUUGGAUUGCCUAAUUGUUGUGGUGCUCUAGACACCACGCAUAUUGUUAUGACCCUUCCAACAGUUCAAAACUCAAAAGGCCGGUUAACUCAAAAAAAUAUACUUGACUGUGGAGAUCAGUUACAUCCUGAUGUUGCUUUAUCAGGUUGUCAUGAACUUGGUUAUGAAGAGCAAUGCUGUAAGCAAGUUGACCCAGUGGGCAAAAACAUGAGAGAAAAUCUAGCAAAUUAUUUGCAGCACAGAAAAGAGGAAGCUCCAGCAAGGUAAUAUGCAAGAUGCAAAGUAUCCAAGAAGGUUCACUCUGUGAAUAAAUUUUGUUCACAUUUUCAGGGUCAUUGAUUUUGGUAAACAUUAGACUAUACCUCUCUGAUUUUUGCCAGCAGUCUGUCCCUUCUCCAUGUAACUAUUUUUUUGCUUACCUGAAAAUGGUAAUGCUUACCUCAUGAUAUUGGCUGAUUUUAUAGUUAUUAUGCUACUGUAGCUCCCACAUUUUUGUCUUUAAUUUCAGUUCUUUGAAUUGAAUGAACAUCCAAGAUCUUU